AUGUUCUUCCGUCUAAGCAACACAGAGGGGAGAAAAGAGCUAAAAGUCGUGUUUAAAGGAGCACAAAUGAAACACAACUUCACACCGAAAUAUUUGGGAAUAACAAUGGUCUGUACACUUACAUUCAAUGAACAUCUUGAUAGAACUGGGAAGAAAAUACGAUCUCGAGUCAAUCUAAUCGAACAACUUGCUAAAACAGGGUUGGGCGCAGACGCUAAAACACUACUCGCGCUGGUGCUAACGUAUAGUGCAGCUGCAUAUGGUGCCAAACUGUGGCUUAAUAGUGCAUAG